UCUGUGUAUAUGGGGAUACUGCGUUGAUGAUUAAUGGUUCGUGCUUGCGUGUUGUACGUGACUUGGUGUAAUGUGUUUUGCUAAAUUGUAGAUUUCGUAUUGAUCACUCAGGCAAGUCGGUUGCUUCGGAUUUGCUGCGAUUUGAUUUUCCGCCCGCUGUUUGAAUGCUGCCACCAGGCUUGAGCUUGAAUUCGCGUUGUUAAUUACCGUUUAGGACAAGUGUCUCCUGCAGUAGUGUUAUAUGAUGCCUCAGGACAACAUGAGCUCCCUGGUGCAGAGACUUGCCCGACAGGCGCUCACGACCUUCCGCAACUACGCUGGAGAAGAAAGCAAGGCGUUUGUGGAGAACCAGAGCAAGCUGAGGAGCCUGCUGGCUGAGGUCCGGGCGGCGGACCUGAAGAUUGUCCCUCGGUGUGUGGAGAGCAGCUGUGCGUCCCUGCAGCACCUCGGGCCUCCUGUCACCUACAUGCACAUUUGCGAGACGGACUCGUUCAGCAUGGGGGUGUUUCUGUUAAAACACGGCUCUUGCAUCCCUCUCCACGACCACCCGAACAUGUACGGCAUGCUGAAAGUGCUUUACGGCAAGCUCAGGGUGAGUUGUUACGACAGGUUGGAUUACUCACCCGACAGCGCGAGCGGGAGGCAGUUUAACCCGAAGGGCGCCGUGCGGCCGUCAGUGCAUCGCUCUAUAGGGGAGUACACAGAGGAUAGCGCCCCGUGUGUCCUGUCCCCCCACAGGGACAACCUGCACCACAUCGAGGCCGUGGACGGACCCACUGCUUUUCUUGAUAUUUUGGCACCACCUUACGACCCAGACGACGGCAGAGACUGCCACUAUUACAAAGUUUUGCAGCAGCCACCGGAUGGUGCAGAUAGAAAGGACGAAGCUCAGCAGGAGACAGCGCUAUGGCUCAUGGAAAUCCCUCAGCCUAGUGAAUUCUGGUGUGGUGCCGAACCUUACCCCGGCCCAAAGGUUUCUCUAUGAAGGAAUUACCUUGACCUUACCUGAAAGACUUGGCAGGUCUAUGAAAGCCUGAUUUCUGUUUGUCCUGGUACUGUAUUGUCCUGGCAACAAGCUGGACUGUGAACUCUGCAAACAACUACAUUUUUUUUUUUCUAUGAAUAUACCUCUCAUGGACCCAUUGCUGUGUCUCACCAUUACAAUCAAUGACCUGGCCUGUCUGGCUAAGUCUGCCUCUUUUUGUGUGAUUGGUAAUGCGCAUAAAUGUAGACUAUUUCAAUGCAACAUACUCUUAAUUGUUUUAUUAUAUUCUUAUUUCAGUAAUUAAGUAUAAAAAAUAGAAAUAGGCCUGUUUUGUGCUUUUUCUUAUAAACAGAGUGUGUGGCAGAACAGACAUUUAAGUAUGAUCUGUAAUAAUAUAUUUUUUAAAAUAUGUCCCCUAAAGAUCCACACCCAUGAUGGAUUUUGUCUGGUUUUAAUUAACUCAAGCCUGAUUUUUAUUUUUUAAACCAAAGGUCAAAGAAGUCAAAGAAGUUUGUACAACAUUUGACCAUGCAUUUUUAUUUUGAAAGGCAUCUGGUAUUUUCAACUUACAAACUUAAUAGAAACUGCUUACAACUUGUUUCUGUAUUACCAAUCUGAGAGUAAACAGUGACAAAAGAAAUUAGUCAGAUUCGCCUUAAAUACACACAGAGCACAACACAUUGUUAGAUUUUUUUAUUUCAGCUUUUGGGUCCUGACCUAAGUGCAAGUGAUAACUGUAUGAAGCAAAUGUGUUUAAGAACCACUGCUAGAGAGGACUUUAUGUAACUGAAUGGGAUAAAUUUGGGAUGUUUUCGGCAUUUACGCCGUGAAUUGCUUGACUGAUCCUUGAACUAUUUUUGUAAAUUAUUUAGUUUUGGUGUUGUGUUGAAGAAUCCUAACAAUUAUAAACAAUAAAUUUCAGAUUUUAUUUAAAAUUGACUGACUUUUCUUAGAACAAAUUCUCUUUCUCUCUUCUAAACUCCAUUUACACUUUGAACUUUCAUGUGCCUUUUUUAUGAUCACAUCAGGAUAAAGCUUAUGCAUUAAAAUAAAUGUAAAUUCAUUCGUAUAAAUUCAUAAAUUAAACAUUUAAAACGAAUCCAAACAGUAACAAAGGUGGUGUAUGUUGUGUAAGUUAAUUUAAUGCACUUGCCUUAAAAGUGUUGGCGCUAUAUUAAAACUAAUAAGAUUUUAAACUGCACUGGAAAACCUUUAAAUAAAACUAAAUGUAAGGUACAAGAAUGCUAGUUGGUGUUUAAAUGGAAUAGUUGAUUUGCAUAUUGACUCAAGAAUAGAGUUUUUAGUCUGAGCAGAGAUGGAGUUGUCUACAUGUUUACAUUCAUGUGGUUAAAAUCUAAAAUCUUAUCAGCAGACAACUCGGAUACAAAAAGGGUCAAAAGUUUAACUUUAAUAAAGUGAACUCACAGGUUGCCUUUCUUUCUUCCUCGAAGGUGUCAAAGGGUAGCCUCUAGUGGUGUGAUCAUGCAAUGCGAAGCACGUUGAAACUUUCCCAUUUACAACAUGGCAUGUGCAACAUAUCUACAUUGUCCUCGUUAAAUUUACAGAUUCACACCGUAUAGCAUGAUUUCUACACACUUUGUGAACAGAACAAAUGUUAGGAGGCCGCAAUAGGAACGAUUUCUUGGCAAGGGCCCAGUUUCACAAAAAGUCAGCACAAAAUCACAGUAAGAGUAAAGUGAGCAUUACUUCACCAGUAACAAAAAGCAGCAGUUAUUCUGUAAAGUAGUCAGAGGAAGAAAUCAUCAGUUUCAAGCUUUAAACAGUAGACAGAAACAGAAUAAAGAGCUCAAAUAGCGUACUUGUAACAGCAGUUUUUGUUCCUGAUCAUGUGGAAUACAUAAACAGCAUCAUACUCAAGACUUACAUAAAGCUGCCUUUAAUUUUUUUUUUUACA